GCCCGGAGACGUCGUCUUGUUCUUUUGACUCUUGUCCGAUUCCGAGUCAUCAUCAUAAUUCCCGCUUCUAAAACCCUUCUCUUCUUCCUCCCUCAAAAAACCCACAGAAUGUCUUCACCAACACCACCCCAGCUCCUGAUCCACAACAGAUUCAUAGCGUUCCUAAUCUGGCAAUCCAUCACCUCCUCCUCCAUCUUCCUCCUCUUCAAACUCCUCACAAUCCCAACCCAACCCUUCCUCCUCUCCCUUCUAACUUUCCUAGCUUUUCAAUUCUCCCAAUUCAUUUUCUCACUCUCCCUCUCCUUCCUCUCCUCCCCCAAACACUGCUCCCCUCUCUCCCCUCUCCAGCUUUCCUACGCUUUCAUCCGCUUCCUUUUCGUCUCCGGCGACUCCUUCUCCUCUCUUGACUUCCGCCGCCGAUUCUACCUCUCUCUGCGCCUCAUUCUCUUCCUUCUGGCGGCGUCUUUUUCCGGGUUCUUGUCGCUUGUUUGCGCUUCUGGGUUUUGUGACUUUCGGGGUUUUGGGUUUGGGUUUGUUUAUGGUUUGCUUUAUGUUUACUUCCACCGUUGGGUCUUGGAGUUCCCUAUUAUUCAGCGGCCCCCUUUCUACAGUUUUAAGAUGAAGCUUCCGUUGGCUGUUAAACAAGCUUUUAAGCUUUCAAGCUCAGUGUACCUAUGUUCAUCAGUGCUGCUUGCGUUUCUUCCAAAUCAUUUUAACAGUUAUGUGACACUGAGAAAGUUUAUUACUGAACAAAUUAUCCUAUUUUCUGGAAGUUUUUCUAUGUUUAUUUGCUGGGAAUUGAGUCACCAUUUACAUCAGGUGUUACAUACAAAAAGGUUUGUAUUUGCACCACCAAAAUGGUCAGCAGCAGCAGAAACAAACCCUAGCGAGCCUCUCCUUGCAGCUUUGGAAGAGAGCACCCCUGGUUCUCUUCCACAGUAUCUUGCAUAUCUUGAUCUUUGUAUGGUUUGUGAGAACAAUGUUGAUACUUGGAGGCGAGCUGCAUUUUUUGAAGAAACUGGUGAGACUUACAAGAGAGUGGUAGCUGUAUGCUUGCAACCUCUAGAGCAUCUUGCGUCUACUGUGGCUGAAGGCUUUGAAAGCCAAUCUGUUGACAAGGCCUACCAACAAUUGAAUCAGUUGCAGCCACAAAAUGAUUUGCAACUAGAUCCAAAAUGUUAUGAACCGCUGAACAACUUCCAGCAAUUUGCAUGGUGUGCAAGGACGGCGGCGUUCUUAACAGUCCGCUCACACACGGAAGACAGGUUUGGAGUCGCUCAACUGUCUGGUAGCAAUGCUGCUGUUAUCUCUACACUUUUAUCUUGCCUUCUUGCUGCUGAAGCACUCAUGGGCAAAAAGACUAACUUGCAGACCUCUCAUCAGUUGAUGGGGCCAGGGGGCAUUAAAUGGGCUACUCCGAACACAGUUAGGCGGGAGAUUGUGGUGGUUAAAAAGAUAAGUGGGCCAUUGUACUCAAAAGCGUAUGCCAUAGCCGAUGUGCUGAAGACCUCAAUUUACUCUAUCGUGUCAGCUUUCCAUGAUGAAAUGCUUGCAAGUGAGAAAGCUGGCCAUCUUCAUAAGGAUUGGCUUAUUAGUGGGAAACCUCUUUUUGGAAACAAUGAGCUGCUCCUCCAGAAAUUGCGCCUUUUCCUUGAUUUUCGAGCUAGCUAGCUGCCAACUUGUUUAUUUAGACUCCAAGCUUUGCUUUUGUUUCCCUGUUUGCCUCCGUCAUUUGAAGAAAACAGCAUUUGAGAGACGGUCAAGUUUUUCAACCUGAUGCUAUUUGCAGGAUUGAGCAGGUGAGUUAAAUUUUGUUUAAGGGUUAAUCGGACGUUAACUGGGGUUAAUGUGUUCCGUAAUUGGUAAAAUGCACAAGAGGCAGCAGGAUUCCAGUUGCAAAACGAUGUCAUUACUUGGUUGAAAUGGCGAGGAUAAAACCGAUAAGUACUAUUAACAGAAACAUAGUAUUACCCUCUUCAAACAGUUGGGUAAUUGUGUAUUCGUGGUUUCAGUUUAACCAUCCAAAGUUAUUGUUGGAAGGCCUGUGAAUCUUGAAAAAUUGGAUUAUUUUUAUAUGAACUCUUAAGAUUGUCUGA